CCCCGCAGGGGCUGGGCGUGGAAGGGCCGAGGUGUGCUCUCGGCUGGAAAUCAGGCACGCUCACUGCAGGCACGGAUUUCUCACCUUUUCCCACAUUGUUAUGGUCUGAAAGGGACGUUCUGCCGCUUCCCAGCGCCAGUGGAUAUCACAUGCGAGCCAUACAGAUGACCCACAAUAUGUUCCAGGAGGGGCUGUAUCAUGUCUUCUUUAAGGAGAAGCCCAGCAGAGCCACAGCCCCACAGUGCAACACUCCUGAGCAGCUGAGGGAGGCCAGGAUGGCCCACUGGUUUGGGACAGUGGUCAACUCCCGACUCCUUGUCACUGGGGUCGUCCAGAUCGUCAGCGCCGUGGCAACCGUGCUCAGCACCGUCUCCUACGCCUGCAUGGACUUCGGCUGCGCUGUGUCCGUGGCCACGCCAGUGUGGUGCGGGAUGCUUUAUCUGGCAACUGGGAGUUUUGCGAUUGAAGUGCAGAGGAAACCCAAGAAAGUUAAGGUGACCACUCUGAUGGGGCUGAAUAUUUUCAGCCUGCUGUUGGGGCUGUGUGCAAUGAUUACCUACGGCCUGCAGAUGGCGACAGAGCCCAAGAAGCUCAACAGAGAGCAGAAAAUCGGUGUUUAUGUGGCAAAGGGCAGCAGCAUUCUGUUCACGGUGCAGAGUCUGGUCGCCUCUUUGUACACCCUGUUUCUGAUCUGGCAAGGAGUCAGCCGAUACACCAUGAACUACCGCUCCACCUACAGCCGCGUGCCACAGGACAUGGAGGAAAACAGUGACAAUGUGUUAGACACCGGCGAAUUCAGUCUCUGAAAACUGCAAACCCCGAAAGACUGUUCUAAUUUAUUUGCUGAGAAGGGUUUCACACACCACUAGACAUCUGUACCUUUAACAUUGGACAUUUUACUGCACAGAUUAUUCGAGUGAAGGCUGCUUUAAAGAAAUCCGUGCUGUAGUCUGAGAAAAGCUGAUGUAAUGGGAUAUCUGGUUCGUCAGCAAGGCCAGGACGUUUUGUGCUGUGGUUUAGUUCCCUGUGUCCAGGUUUUAAAACAGAUUCAGAAGAAGGAAGAAAGGUUAAUGCUUUCUAAUACAAAUGAGUAAUAAAUCCUUUCUUAACCAUAAUUAUAUGACAUACUGUAUAUUAGGGUAUAUGAGCAUAUGAGGAGCACAUUGUAUGUUAACCACAACUUGUUUCAUUAUAAGUAUUUAUAAAGAAUAUUGUAAAUAUCAUUAUAGAUCCUUUCGUGGCUGGCUGCUGUAACACACUUUUUAUCAGGAGGUCAUUGUCACUUAACGUCAGAUGAAUAUGAACACGCACCCUGUAAUUCUCUGUAUAAAACUGGUAAUAAAUCAGGAUAUAAAGACA